AUGGCCCCACAGACCAAGCCCAUCACCGGUGCCCUCGGUAACUAUCAGGUUGAUGGCGUUGAGAUCGUUCACCAACGGCUGUCGGAGCUUCGAUACACGAUGUCUAGGCGCAGACAAUCUGGUCAUGGGUGGUUCGGUUCCUUUGUCGUCUGUUUAAUAGCUUUAACGGAAUUAAUUUCGAAUGUUCGCAGCUUGAAGGAUCUAAAAAUAUUCGUCCCGGAGGCGGUUAUCAUGGGCAACGCGGCCACACUGUCCUGUCAAUUCGAGCUGGAAAAGGCCUCACUCUACUCCGUUCGGUGGUACUUCGAGAGCGAAGAGUUCUACCGCUACGUGCCAAAGGAAUCACCACCCGCACGCACAUUCCCGGUGUCGGGCAUUACCGUUGACGGUACCCAAUCGGACGCUACAUCGGUCACCCUGCGGGGCGUAACGCGUGACCUCACCGGCCAGUUCCAGUGCGAGGUAUCCGAGGAUGCGCCACUGUUCCACACCGACAUCCGGCAGGCCCGCAUGCAAGUCGUCGAGCUGCCGAAGGAGGACCCCCAGAUGCAGCUGGACAAGACGCACAUCACCACGCUGGACAGCUUCCGGUCCGUCUGCACCGUGGGGACCUCCUUUCCGGCGGCCAACAUAACCUGGUACAUCAACUCGAAGCGGAUCCAUCGGACGCCGUACCAGCGCAUCACGUACCGGUCGUACGAGGGUACGCCGACGUUCUCGUCGCUCGAAAUGCUCCCGCACAGCCAGGUGCUGCAGGACAUCUACCAGUCGAUGCCACCGUUCCACACCAGCCUCACGGUGAUGUGCGAGAUCUCGAUCCUGCACAUCUACACCAAGAGCGUCCAGCAGCGCAUUCUGGUGAGCGACCUGGUGACCACCAUCUCGCCCAACCUGCUCGGUCUGGACGGGUCGAACAAUCGGCGGAAAAACAACGGCGACCCGGACAACUCCCCGCUUACCGGUGCCGCCCCCCGGCCCCCGGUUGGGCCCUCGGCGUGGCUACCAUUGUUUGUGCUGCUGUUGCCCUCCCUCUGGAUUGCCGCCAACGCCAUCGUCCCCCAUCAGCUGCCGGUUCCGACGGAUCGCAUUUCCGGCGUGUGA